GCUGCCUGCAACAUCACUUCCGCCGGUGUUCACAUGUGCUGUGUGUUUUGAUUCGGACCAGAUCUUUAGUGCACGACAGGCAGGAAGAUGCAGUUUGAUAUCAGAAGGUUUGAUAUAUAUCGGAAGAUCCCUAAGGAUUUAACACAGCCAACCCAAACUGGGGCUGUCAUCUCAAUUCUCAGCACAUUGUUUAUAUCAUACCUUUUCCUGUCAGAGCUGCUGGACUAUAUAUCAGUAGAUAUUGUCAGUGAAAUGUUUGUAGAUGAUCCAACAACUGACAGAAUUCCAGUGAAAAUUGAUCUGAGUAUACCACAUCUGCCGUGUCAAUUCAUUGGAUUAGAUAUCCAGGAUGAUCUUGGUCGCCAUGAGGUGGGCUUUGUAGAGGACACUGAUAAAACGCCAAUUAAUGAAAUGAGGGGCUGCAGGUUUAAGGCCAGUUUUAACAUUAAUAAGGUACCUGGCAAUUUCCAUAUAUCAACACAUGCAUCCCAGGUUCAACCAGAUAGCCCCAACAUGAAUCACAUUAUCCAUAGUCUUGUGUUUGGAGACACAAAAGGAAAGCAUUCACAUUUACCUGGAUCCUUUAAUCCACUUAAAGAUGUGGAGAAACAGGAUGCUAACCCCUUGUCAUCUCAUGAUUACUUCUUGAAGAUAGUUCCCUCAAUAUUUGAAACAGUUGGAGGCAAAAUAUCUUAUCCAUACCAAUACACAUAUGCUUAUAGAGAUUAUUUACAAUAUGGACAUGGACAUAGAGUACUACCAGCAAUUUGGUUCAGAAUUGACCUCAGUCCUAUUACAGUGAAAUACACAGAGAAAAGGAAACCGUUUUAUAGUUUCCUUACCAUGAUCUGUGCCAUUCUAGGAGGAACAUUCACAGUGGCUGGCAUCAUUGACUCCCUUAUCUUCACUGCUGCAGAGAUUUUUAAAAAGGCAGAAUUGGGAAAACUUAGUUGAUCUCAUCAUCAGAAAUAGAGGCCGCUGUUCAUAGAAGUUACUGCAUUAUUAUGUACAUUGACUGUAUGUUAUUUUGCUUGUAGUUAUGAUUCUAUGGGAAAUGUUUGCAUUUUUGAGUAGCAUUUAAUAUAAGCAUGCUGAAUGUGUGCAUGCUGUUGACAAUAUCUGUGUAGAUUUAACAAAAUAAUAGAAACAGAUUGAAAAAGGGUUCAUUUUAGUAAAGAAUCAUUCUAAAUACUUUGCAAUUGUACGUGAAAAACACAUGAUAUAUAGUAUCCUAAUAAAAUGUUUCAAGUUACAAUUUAAUUUUAUGUUGAAUGGCAAUUACAUGCAUGUACUUUCAGCAAAAGUUCUCUCACUAAGCCAAGUCUUAUUUGAUACUUGGUUUACGUACAGUAAAAACUCAUCCAUUCCUAAUAACUUUGUUCUUUACACAAAUGAACCCCUAUAUCAAUAUAUUUUUACAUUCACACAUAGUUGAUUCAAGACUAAAUGAUCCAUGCUAAAAGCAACUUACAGGUGGAAGGUCCAAAGAUGUGUAAUAUUUGAUCUCUUCCUUUCAACAUUUAGCUGUGACAGGUAUUUUAUUAUCUUUAAAUUAGAAAAAGAGUAUUUCAGAAAAAUAGUGCUUAGUGAUGUAGACAAAGGGUAAAAUUUAUUGGUUGAUCUAGUCUUAUAUUUUCGGAGAUGUAUUGUUGACAUUUUGUUCUGUAGAUAAUUCUAAAAUAGCACUAAUGAGAGUUAUUUACAUGGACGAAUAAUUAGUUUGGUAUAUAUGUGAAUCUAGUCAGUGCUUUGAAAGAAACCUUAUUCUUUCUUAUAUGAAGUAUACAAGACCAUGCAGUAUUUUACUGGAUAAACAAGAAAUAAAAGGAAAAAACAGUAUGUUUUCUUAGAUCAAAACACAUUUAUUGUGCUCAUUAGCUUGACAAAUUAAAACAUCUGUCAUGAUCUUAUUUAAUAUGCCAUAUUUCUCUCGUGUUAAUCCAUUUCAAGACACAUUUUGUUUAAGCAUAACAUCUGAGGACCAUACAUAGUCAUCAUGUAUCAGUUUGACGAGGCUCAUAAAUAUUCUUUAAUAUACUGUCUUUGGUUGAUAUCAAGCAGAGUUGGAGAGUAGAAAAAAUUAGAUUUAUGCGUAGUUAUGAUUAUGACAUUGAUAAAGGUGCUCCAUGAUGUGUUUCAGAUAUUAAAAAAAAAAAAGAUGUAGUUCUAAGCUAAAAGCAUAAUCCAAAAUAUUUUAUCAUAAAGGCUGGGGAAGUGUCAAUAAAUAUUUUUCAAUAGUUCUUUUGUUUUGUUGUCCUGCUUAUUAGCAACAAUUGUUGCUAGAUGCCUUUUGCUUGUUUGCCUGGGUCACACUGGGCUUGCAACCUUACCUGCCAUAGGUUUUGAAGUGGUCACAUGAGGUUGCUAACAGGUCACCUGCAAUU